AACGCUCGAACAACGCGGACGGAAAGUCGCUCGUUCUUCCCGGGCUCGUGUAAAAAGAAAAAAAGUGAGAAAAAUUUUUGAUUGUGAUUCAUGCGUGCGUGUGUGCGUGCGUAUACGUGAGCGUGAGUGAAACAGAGCGAGCGAGCGAAACAUGGCGAGUGUUUUAAUAACGCAAAUUCAAUUACACUUUCUAUAAUUCAAAUUCUGUUUCCCAUUUGUUGUAAUGCGGCCAAGAAGUGUUUACGCGCAGUGUGAAUGCUUUUAUACCCUUUAAUUUCCUCUCGCAUCCCUCGAAACAACAUCAUCAAAAUAAAUGAAAAAUUCUCUUUUUAAUUUGACAUAAAUUGUAAAUGUCUUUAAAAAUAUCUGUAAAUAAAUAAUCAAUCAAUAACAAUCGUAAAGGCGCAGACCAAAGUCAACACAUUUUGGUCACGUUGGAAAUUGCAAACGUAAUUCUUUUUUUUUUUGUACAAUAAAUUAAAUUGUAAGAAGGCAAAAUUCUGAUGAAUAUUGAGCCAAGGCAAAAGCAACAAUAGAAGCAAACAAGCAAGUAGUAGCAAACAAGGCAACAACCGAAUCUAAUCAAAUCCAAUUAGAAGCGAAUUUUAAAUUCAACAAAAGCAGCAGAAAAAAAAUAAAAAAUAAAAGAAAAAACAACAAACUACAUAAAACUGGCAAAAAUACAAGAAAACACAACCGAAUCGAGGUUGCAACAAAUUGCUAACGAAACGAGGCGAACCCAAUACACUACAAUAUAGAGAGCUAUAGAUAGAAGAAAGAAGAAGAUAUAGAGCAAGAGAGCAACAGAGGAUCAGUUCAGAUUAAUUCGGAUGCGCCAAUGAAAACGUCGCAUCAUUCACACGCGUCCGAUUUCGUCGUCGUUGCCGGUUCCGGUUCCGGUGCAAGAUCAUCAGGUUCAGUUGCCACUGCCGCUGCCACCGCUCACCUGCAGCCUGCAGGACACUUUUAUAGCCAGAGUCAGCGAUCGAACGCCUUUGCAGCUGCUCUCGAUGCGGAUGUGGAUGUAAAGCCAGCGCUUAAACAGGUCAGCAUUGGCAUCAGUUGCGAUCUCAAGCCGAUUGUUUAUCUGGACUCGGAGACACGACAACCGCGUCAACGCAGUGUGAUCAUCAAGCAGGACCAACAACAACAACAGCAUCAUCAACAACAACAACAUCGUCAGCAACAACAAUCGUUGACCAAGUCUGGAGCAGCGGCCAACAGCAAGCGAAAGCGCGAAACAGAUUGCGAUUGCGGCUGCGUGGACUCGUACAACGGCGGCAGCGUUGAAAUUGGUCACGGCCAGGCGGCACAGGAGGCGGCAGCCCAGAACGUAGUCAAAACGGCGCACGCAAAGGUCGCCACAUCCGGGGGGCAUGCAAAUACGCAGCCCCCCAGUAAACGUUCCAGCAGCGGCGCCGAUGGCGACUAUCAACUGGUCCAACACGAGGUGCUCUACUCGCUCUCCGCCGAAUAUGAGGUGCUGGAAUUUCUGGGACGCGGCACUUUUGGCCAGGUGGUGAAAUGUUGGAAACGCGGCACCUCCGAAAUCGUUGCCAUCAAGAUUCUCAAGAAUCAUCCAUCGUAUGCGCGACAGGGACAAAUUGAGGUAUCAAUUUUGUCGCGGCUCAGUCAGGAGAAUGCCGAUGAGUUUAAUUUUGUGCGUGCAUUCGAGUGCUUUCAGCACAAGAAUCACACCUGCCUGGUCUUUGAGAUGCUCGAGCAGAAUCUCUACGAUUUUCUCAAGCAAAACAAAUUCUCGCCGCUGCCGCUCAAGUAUAUUCGACCCAUUUUAGAGCAGGUGCUGACUGCCCUGUUGAAGCUUAAGCAACUGGGACUGAUUCACGCCGAUUUGAAGCCGGAGAACAUUAUGCUGGUUGAUCCAGUGCGUCAGCCGUAUCGCGUUAAGGUCAUCGACUUUGGCAGCGCCUCGCAUGUCAGCAAAACUGUUUGCAACACGUAUCUGCAAUCACGCUACUAUCGCGCCCCCGAAAUCAUCUUGGGUCUGCCCUUCUGCGAGGCCAUCGAUAUGUGGUCCCUCGGCUGCGUCGUCGCCGAACUUUUCCUUGGCUGGCCCUUGUAUCCGGGCAGCUCAGAGUUCGAUCAGAUACGCUACAUAUCGCAAACGCAAGGUUUGCCCACGGAGCACAUGUUGAACAGCGCAUCGAAGACGUCGAAGUUCUUUUAUCGCGACGUCGACUCGACGUAUCCCUUUUGGCGUCUGAAGACCACCGAGGAGCAUGAGGCAGAGACGAAUACGAAGAGCAAAGAGGCACGCAAAUACAUUUUCAAUUGUCUCGACGACAUUGGCCAGGUGAAUGUGCCCACCGAUCUGGAGGGUGGCCAACUGCUUGCCGAGAAAACGGAUCGACGCGAAUUCAUUGAUCUGCUCAAGCGCAUGUUGACCAUCGAUCAGGAACGUCGUCUGACGCCGACGGAGGCGUUGAAUCACAGCUUCACGAGGCUCACCCAUCUGGUUGAUUACGUUUACUGCAACAAUGUGAAGGCCUCUGUCCAGAUGAUGGAGGUGUGUCGCGGCGAUUUCCACACAGUGCAACCCGCUCCCACGCUGGUGACCAACUUUGUGCCGAGCAGCACCGACAACAUGACCUUCACCAUUAACAACCAGCUGACCAGUCAAGUGCAACGUUUGGUACGCGAUGGGCGACCAACUCUGGCCUACGAGGGACUCUAUCAGAUCUACGGUGGACGCAAUGUGGCACGGCAGUAUCCUCAAGCACGCACCGAUACUUUCCAGCAUCAGCUGGUGUCCAAUAUACUGUGUCCGCCAUCGUACCAAGCGAUGCCCAGUCCCACCAAGCAUGUGGUCGUGGGCAGUGCCACAAUGCAGCCGCCGUUGCAAGUGCCGCCGCAGCAAUACGUGAAUGUGCCGGUGCCCGUGUCCAUGGUGGAGCCGAGCUCCGGGCAGCGCAUGCUGCUCACGAAUCGAGUGCAGGCAAGCGGCGUGGCAUGGCCGCAAACUGGACGCCAGAUGGCAUUGGUGCCGUCGUGGCCGCAAAAUGCGCCAGCGCAUUCAUUGAUCGUGGACUCGACGCCGCUGUUCAACGUGGAGGAAAUCUAUCCGAAGCAUCAUCUCAACUUGCCACGCAACGAUCUCAAAAAGGAGUCGCCGGCGCAUCACCUAGCCAAAGGCAACUCUUAUCGCGUGCCGCGUCACGAGAAGAAGGAGCAUCAGCAGCUGUCGCCAGUGAAGAAGCGCGUCAAGGAGAGCUCGCCGCCGCAUCAGCAGCGCUAUCAGCGUGCCACACACGUCUCGCCGCAGUAUCAUGCGCAUCACAAUUGCAACUAUGGCGGCGGCUAUGGCGCUGGCGCUGCCGGCGCCGUUGUGGCAAGUUCCGCCAGCUCAGCGAGCAAUAUUGUCAACUCGAGCAGCUCGUCGAGCUCGCAUCAUAAUCACGCACCUGUGGCACAUGCUCCACAUGGCAGCAGCAGCGGCAGCAGCGCCUACAAUGCCGCCGGUCAUCACAUUGUGGUGAAUCAGUGCAGCGGCGGCUCCGCUGUGGGUUCCGCUGGCUAUGCCCCACCUUUGCAUGCCCAUCAGCCGCACGUGAAGCAACCAACGAUCACCAUACAUGACACGCCCUCGCCGACAGCGGUUGUGGGCGAUGUCAUUACCAUUUCGGACAGCGAGGAUGAGGGUGGCGAUGUGCCCACCAGUGCUGCAGUGCAGCCAAUAAAGCAGCGUGCGCAUGCACAGUCCCAAACGAGCAGCAGCCUCAUGCAGCAACAACAACAGCAGCAGCAGCAACAACAUCAACAGCAUUCGAGCAGCAAUUGUCGCAACAGCGCGCAGCCAUUGCAACAUGUGCAACAUCAGCAGCAGCAGCAGGCGGUUAAUUAUGGUGAUCACGAUCCGGAGGAUGCACGUCGACGUCAUCAUGCCGCCAACGCCACAACAGUUGCCGCCAGCAGUCCCAAGCAUCAGCAACAGCAGCAACAUCAUCAUCAUCAACAUCAUCAGCAGCAGCAGCAGCCACAGCAAGUGCAACCAGCGCAGCAGACACCGCACUAUCAACCGCAGCAACCACAGCAGCAGCAACCACAACAACAGCAGCAAUUGCAACAGCAGCCGAGCAUCAAGUAUGAGCCAGGACAAUCGCAAAAGAAGCGCAUACUGGCCAUGGCCCAAAACGAGUGCAACUAUCAGCCGCAGCCACAGCAAGUGCAACAGCAGCAGGUGCCACAGCAACAGGCGCCGCCUCCAUCGCAGCCACAGCCGGUGGCCAGCUUGCCGCAUAUACCAACCAAGCAGGAGCCCGCCGAAUUCUAUCCGGAGUACUCCCAGCAGCAGCCACCGCCACCGCAGCAGCAACAGCUCGACACCAAGCGCAGCAGCUGGGCAGCCAGCUCGAGUGGCGGCUCUGCAGCCAUGCCCCUGGCGCAUCCUAAGCGUGAGGCACCUUCGGUUGCCCCGGUGAGCUAUGUGGCACCAACUGUGGCUCCGCCUUUGGCGCACUCCAAGAGCAGCUCGAGUUCGUCGUCGUCGAUCAGCGCUUUGGCUGCUGCCGCCGUGGCUGCCAGCGUUGGUCCGCCGUCGUGGGGCGCUCCUCAAGUGUAUCGCCAGCCAUCGCAACCGCCGCCGGCUAGCGUGGCGGCACCGUCACAGGCGCCGGCAGCUGCACCGCCGCCGCAUCAUCAUCACAGCAGCCACAGUCACCAUCAUCAUCAUCAGGCGGGUACGCCGCUGGGCGGCUCACCGUCAUCGACAGCCGCUGCGGCGAUGCUGCAGCCGGAUAUCUACGCACAGGGCGACAUGUAUCGACGUCCCACCGUCUAUGUGUCCCAGGCCGCGCCCACUUACGCCUAUGCGAAUCGAGCGGUCGUUGCACCGCCGCCAGCACACAAUAGCUCCAGUCGACAGGUUAUACCAUCGCAUCCUUUGCCGGCUCACAUCCAGAUACCGACGCAAUACAGCCAGUUUGGACCGUUGAGUCCCGCCCAGGUAGCUGCCAGCAAGCAUGCGGCGCACUUUGCGCCAACUAAUAUAUGGUAUGGUGCUGAGUAGCUUGCAGGGUGAACGGGUUGACGAGAGGAUGCCAGACAGACACAGAGAGAGAAAGAGGGAGAGGCCAGAGCGAGGCAACAGCGACCACUAUUGAACACAACAACAACAAGAACAACAACAACGACCGACCACACACCAACAACCAACCAUCUUUCUCAACACUAGAACUCCAUUGAUUGAUUGAUUGAUUGAUUGACGCUCGAAUCUUUUAUGGCCUCGGCUGACGGUGGCGACGACGACAAUCCCAACACAACGGAGCAGGAACAGUUGCAACAGCUGCAGUUAACGCAGUGUUGGUGGUUUAUGAUACUCAUGCAACAGAGCAUCAUACACAGCAACAAUAACAAUAGUAGUGGAAGCAGCAGCAACAACAUGUUGCUGGAAGCAGCCGCUGCACGAACAACAUCAACUUCCGGCAGCAGCAGCAAUCGCAGUCAAAGUCAAAGUCGUCGCAAACGUUAGGCAACAAAACUCUUCUCGCAACCCGCUUGCUAGCGAAAGUUUAUCUUUUUUUUUUUUAAUUUCGUCAAUCCACAACAAGAUUGUCGAUUAUAUUCGAUAAUUCGAUGCAUCGAAUUACACAAAUUGUAAACAAACAUUUUUAAUUAAUUUAAAUUUCAAGCAUUUUGUACACGCAGUUUGGAGUGUAAAGUGCAUAAACAACAAAAACAACAACAACAACACACACACAUAUGUAAUUACUACAUACAAAUAUAAGCAACAACAACAACAACAACACACAUACUCGGACCCUGCAACAAGCAAAGGGAAACUCAGAAGAACACUUUCUAUACACAUUACUCGUAUGGAUUUUCGAAAAUAACAAAAAAAAAAACCUAAAGCGUUUCAUUAUGUGUGUUGUAUAUUUUUUAUUAGAACUUCUAAGUACAUGCAUACUUAUAGAUUAAACGGAUAUAUAUAUAGAGAUAUAUAUGAUUACAAUAUAGAGUACUACAAGCCUACAUAUUAAUGUACAACCUAAUCCUAAUACAACUACAACUACAACUAAUCUAAUACUACACAUAAAUAAUGCAACAAAUUAUAUGAUUAAUGCAACAUGUUUCUGUACAAAAAACACAACAAGAAGUAAUGCAAACAGUAACAUCAACAAAACAAAAACACCAACAAAUACUUAGUGCAAAAAGCAUAGAACUUUUUUUAGACUCUUUUUAGCAAGUACCUCAUAAAAAAACAAAACAAAACGAAAAAGAAAAAAAAUCGAAAACACGAAGCAGCAACAACAAAAGAAGAAAACAAACAAAUAAUGUUAUGCAAAUUGCCUUUUACAACAAACAAUAUUGUAUAUUAAAGAAUAAAUAAUAAAUAACUUAGUGAGAUAAUCAAUGAUAUGAUACCGCAAAAACCUUACUAGCAAUCAAAGCAUACAUUACAUAAAUAUAUAUAUAUUAUAUAAAGAUAAACAAUAUUUGUAGCGAUAAACCGUAGCGAUAUAUCUGAUAAACAACUGAUAACUGAACAUUGCGAUAUAUUAUAGCUAAUAAUACAAUAUACAUAGAUACUUGUUUUUUUUUUAACAUACAUAUAUAUCAAAACCAGCCACACACACAUACGCACUCUCAUAGAUCUGAACUCCUCCCCCACCCCCUCAAAAAACGCAAUAGAAAAAACAUGUAAGAAUGAAAGAAAAAUUAGAUGCAUUGUAAUUUAGUAAUAACUAACUAUUAAAAUAAUUAAUGAUGGAUUUUAAAAUGUCAGGUCAAGCGAAUUACUUAGAAAAACACAUAAAACAAUUCGAUGUUAACUUAAUCGUCGCUUUGUGGUUUAAUUUCUGUAUUUAUAUCCCUAACAGACUCUGCGUUUAAGUAAAAAUGAAAAAAGGAAAUCACAAGAAUUAUGAGAAUGUUCACUAAAAAGUACAAAAAUGGCAAGCAAUCUAGCAAAUAAUUGAAAGAGUUAUAGGCUUUUAAAAGUGUUUCUAAUUUCUAAUCAAUAGUUUAAUUUUCUCUGUAUGUGUGUGCGUUUAAAUUUGUUUUCGUCUGUUUUUUUUUUAAACACUUCUAAACGCAGAGAUUUUAUUUUAUACUUUGUGUAUAUAGUGCAUAAACCCUUGCUUAUUACUAUUAUGAUUAUGAUUACGAUUAUUAUAUAUAUAUAGCGAUAUAUGCUACACAUACAAUACAUAUUUAAUGAUAUACUACUAUCUACCUAUAUAUAUAUCUAUACAUAUUGCAUAAUGUUCUUGUUAAUUAGGUUUCUUAAUGUAUUUUGUAGUUAGUCGUAAAACUUUGUCUCUAAUUCUCCACAUUUUUUUCCCCGUCAUGUCAAGUCUUUGUAAACCUUUUUUUUUUGUUAGUGUUUAGAAUUGUGUGCACUUCCUAUUAUGAUGAUACUAAAAAAUCUAAUCGAAAAACGAAAAUCCCAAAAAUACACACACACACACGUUUCAAUGUACCAGUUUGUAUGGUGAACAAAAGAUCCGUUUUAUUAUUAUUGUAAUUAAAUAAUAUAUGUAUAACGCAUGAAUAUGAAUAUGAUAAUUAAUCAGCUGUGCACGAAACAAGAAGAAAUCUUAUAUAUAUAUAUACAACUAUAUUGCAAAAACAAAAGCAAAACAAAACAGAUCUAUUUGAAAGUCUAGCAUAUAAUUAUUGUGAUGUAGUUUUUAAAAAAUCGAUGCAAAUACAAAUUGAAAGUGUCGGAAUUUUUGUCCUUGUCGUAAAUUAGCCAGUAACGAAAUUAACAAAACAACAAAA